AUGGAUUCCGAAGACCCCCAAGAGCGUCCCGAGGAUGUUACCAACAUCAUCAACGGCUUAGAGCGAUACAACCCUGAAGCCGUAGGUAAUCUGGAGGAUUAUCUACGCCACCAGUGCGAAAACAGAUAUACCGAUUCCAAUGCGAAUCGAACCUUAUUAAAGCUAUACCAACUUAAUCCCGACCGUGUUAAGGAUGAGGUCAUCACAAACGUCUUAGUCAAGUCCCUUACUCUAUUCCCGUCACCUCAGUUCUCCCUGGCGCUGCACCUGAUCUCUCCCAACCUUGUGGCGCCUAACCAGCGUGCCGAACUACCUGAGGCCAUCUCCAAGCUACGGGAGCUGAAUCUGCAGCUACAAGGUGCGCAGUACGCGCGGUUCUGGGCAACACUUGAUUCGGACGAUCUAUAUGCCGAUCUGACCACCGACAUCGACGGCUUCGAGGAGUUGAUCCGCGGCCGCAUCGCCAACCUCAUUAGCCACGCCUACCGCGAGAUUGAGCUGUCCGUACUUGAGCAGUGGCUCGGUCUCGAGGGCCAGGCUGCCGUUAAGUUCGUCUCCGAGACCGUCGGCUGGAAGGUCGAAGAUGCCCUCGUCAAGAUCCCCCGCAACCCUGAGAACGAGGCCAAGAAGAGCGAAGUCCGCGAGGACGUCAACGUAGACAUGUUCUCGAGAGUCAUCAGACGGGCCUGGGAAGAGACCGUAUAA